CAGAUCAGCUACGCGUCCACCAGUGCUGAGCUGAGUGACAAGUCCCGGUUUGACUACUUCUCCCGCGUGGUUCCUCCGGACACGUACCAGGCCCAGGCUAUGGUGGACCUGGCCAAGGAGCUGGGCUGGACAUACGUGUCCACCAUCGCUUCGGAGGGGAACUACGGAGAGAGUGGGGUGGAAACCUUCGCGGCAAGGGCACGGCAAAAUGGUGUCUGCAUAGCGGCGUCCGAGAAGAUCGACCGGCACGCCUCUGACGAGACGUUUGAAGAUAUCAUAGAGUAUCUGGGAAAAACGCCCAAGGCCCGGGCCGUUAUCGUCUUUGCCGACGAAGACGAUUUGAAGAAGCUUAUUGCUGCAGCUAAGAGACUUGGUGUCGGCAGCCACUUCUUGUGGGUGGGCAGUGACAGCUGGGGUACAAAGGUCACGCCGGUAGAGGGCCAGGAAGAAGCCGCAGAGGGCGCCAUUACAAUCCUCUUCAAGAGCCAGACAAUCCCAGGAUUUGACAGGUACUUCACGAAGUUGAAGCCAGAGAACAACAGGCGAGACGUGUGGUUUGAAGAGUACUGGGAGAGCCACUUCAACUGUAGAUUCGACAACAUCCCCAGCAACACAGGGGGAGAUGGUCUACAGAAAUGUACAGGUAAAAAGACAAUAUCGACUGCCUCUGGCUUCGUACAGGAGGGAAAGGUGCAGUUUGUCGUCGACUCUGUCUACGCAAUGGCGUACGCCUUACAUGACAUGCGCAAUGACCUUUGCCCCGGUACAACAUCCGGGCUAUGUGAAGAGAUGGAACACGUGAAUGGCAAGCAAUUCUUGGAAUACAUCCGCAACGUAACUUUUACGGGGAUAGGCGGUGACACGGUGGCGUUUAACGCUAAAGGAGACGGUCCAGGGCGCUAUGAUAUCUUCCAAUAUCAGAACAAUAAUGGUAUUUACCAGUAUGUCCCCAUCGGUACAUGGGACGACAGUAGACACCGGAGACUCAGUCUGACGUCAUCCCUUCUCCACUGGCCUGGGAACGGGACCAUGACGUCACCCACGUCUAUCUGCAGCUCGGACUGCGCGCCUGGUGAGAGGAAGAUCCAGCAGGCCUCGGCGUGCUGCUGGGUGUGUCAGAGGUGUGAGCGAUCCACACAGAGACUGAAGGACGAGUCCACGUGUGAAGAAUGCCCAGUGGGACAGAAACCUGGGGCCAACUGGACUACGUGCGAAGACAUCCGUAUUAGGAGCGUGAGUUGGACAUCCCUUUACUCGUCGAUCCCCAUCGUGUUCUCUGUACUUGGGAUCCUCGUGGUGGCCACUGUGGCAGGCAUUUACAAGGUCUACUCAGAUACACCGGUGGUCAGGGCGUCUGGCAGAGAACUGAGCUAUGUCCUACUGGCCGGGAUCUUCCUGUGCUACUGCAUGACGUUCAUCCUACUGUCGCCCCCCUCCCCAACCACAUGUUGCGUGACCAGGAUUUUCCUGGGCCUGGGUCUGGCCAUGUGCUACUCGGCUCUGCUCAUCAAGACCAACCGCAUCUACAGAAUAUUCGAAGACGGGAAGAAGUCGGCGAAGGCGGUGAAAUGGAUCAGUCCGAAGUCUCAGCUCAUCUUCUGCGCGCUGUUCGUGUCCAUCCAGUUGUUCGCCGUGGUGGUGUGGCUGGUGGUGGACCCACCGGACACGUACGUGGAGUACACGGCGAUAGACUCGCCUGACGCCGUCGGCGUGCGCAGAUGUAACGUCAGUGACACUUCUCUCGUCAUCUCCCUGGCCUACAACAUGCUGCUGGUGAUCCUGUGCACGGUCUAUGCCUUCAUGACGAGGAACAUUCCGUCCAGUUAUAACGAGUCCAAGUACAUCGCCUUCAGCAUGUACACCACGUGUAUCGUCUGGCUCGCCUUCAUUCCAAUCUUCUUCGGCACAGCUCACUCCCCGGAAAAGAUGCAGAUACAAGUGACCACCCUGACGGUGUCCAUCUCCAUGAGUGGAACAGUCUCCCUCGCCUGCCUCUUCGCGCCAAAAGUCUACAUCAUCCUGUUCCAGCCCCACAAGAACGUCCGCGCGUCGUCUGCGACCAAAGCCGCCAUGGUGGCCAAGAGAUGGCAGCAGGUCGCGCGCAAGCGCAGUGAGCAGAGGCCAUCGGUGUCAGUUGUCAUGCGCAAUGGUGACUUAGAGGUGUCGUCGCCUGACCAGCCGGAGAUGGACAUACAGAAACUGCCCAGCUCGGACACCAUCGUCAGCGACAGUGACGGCAAGCCUGUCUACAGAUUCGGAGCUCUGGCCGACAGAACCACGGCUGUGGCCGAAACAGGUGUCCUGACAACUAAUGUAUGAGCUACAAGCGUGUCAAUAUCUGCUGGUGGAUUGUUUUACAAGUGCAUCAAAAACUGACUGUACAGACAGAGUCUCUAUCUGAAAGUUUAUACCAUUAUGAUGGCAGUAUUGCGUAUGUCAACGUCUGCUGGUGGAGUAUGCUCAUGGUGUGGGUAUUCUUUUAAAAGUUUGUCAAAAAUGGAUUGUAGAUAUAGAGUGUCUACUUGCAAGUUUAUACUAUUAUGAUGGCAACGUGACGUCUACUUUUGUACACCUUUGACAUGAUGUAUAUUUUAUUGGAAAAUGAUAUUUCAAAUUUUUAACAAUAUGUAGAUAAGAAAUGACGUCAAGAUGUGUAUUUUGUGUGAAGAGUUUGUCAAAGCCUUAUAAUGUUAAUGUUGUAUUGGCAGAGGAUAUUGGUGACGUGCACAGAAAAAGUAUUGCCUUCUUGUAAUCUUUGUGCCACUGACAACUACAGAAUAUUUUCUAAUACCAAAAUAUUGGCAAAAACCUGUAGAUUGUACUUUGAUAUGAGUGAUGCUCUUUGAAUCGUGAUUGGUACAGUAUCAUGAUAUUGUAUGUUAGAUAUUACUGGGUAAAAUAGAGUCUCUAGCAUGCAUAAAUGUAAGUUAUACUGCAAAUCGUUUGAGACGAUACUGCAAUAUUGCAAUAACCUGUGUUUUCAAGUGUAUUGUGAUGUCUAUUGUUGCUUCAUUGUUAACACGGCUCAAGUUGAUUGAUCAUGUGAUUCGUCAAUAGUACGGUCCACUUAGUAUUCGUAUGGAAUCUUAUUUCAUCAAGGUGAUAGAACAAUAGUUUCAUUAACGACUCAGCUGGUAACUUGAUAUUUCCCCUCAGACAUCCUAACCUUGACGUUCACCUUCAACCCUCGCCACCCUUUGACUUCUCGCCAAGACGAAUUCUAUUUCUCCCGUCCCCCUGAGAUACGGGAUCUAAUACAAAAUCGAAACCAGGGCACGUGAUGGACGGUAGAUGUGACCCUGCCACAGCCUGACAUUUGGCGGGAGGGCGCAGAGCUAUAAAUGGAAUCAAACUAGCAUCAACACAAUUCCACUGGGGCUGACAUUGUCACGGUCUUUGCUUGAUCGAAUCUACCGUUUUAUUUGAAUUUCAGUCAGAUGCUAAGCAAACAGCGAUAAAAGUUGUAAUGCCAUUAAAAUCGCUCCAAUGAUUUUUAUGGAAUGGCAAAUUGAUCUGAAGGAUGACCUACAUUUUUGGUGCACAAUAAAGUUUGCCCUUUGACCUAUACAAUUAUCAUUGGUCAUUAAUCUUUAAGCGAUAUC